AUGAUAAAGAGCCUGAUUCUUGUUGCGGUGCUCGCCGUGCUCACUGUUUGCAAUGAUGCAGCCACUGUUCACGAACCUGCCUUCAGGGCUAACCUUUACCAGGGAUCCAUCAGGCCCGGAGACCGACUACUCCACAGCAACUACUACGUGAAAAACGCCAUUCCUAACGCUGUGCAGUACCAGGACAUCAACUACCGCGGCAACUCAACCACUAGGAUCUCCUACAUCCAAGCCACCGAGGUCGGCUACUCCCAGCGUGGUAUUCCAUCACUCAGGUCUGGUGGUGUCAACUUCAACCACGCUACCAUCAGGCUGACCUCUCAAAGAGGAAUGGGUUACUACUACCGUGUUGAGAUCUGGGGUCGUUAA